GGCGCGGUUGUUAUGGAGAAGCUUUACCCCGUCGAGCUGCAGACAUGGAGCCGCUACUCGGGACGUAACCGGGCCGAUUAACGCGGAUAUGACUUCCCCAGGCCCUUACAGCCAACUUUCAAGCGAAACAGGUCCCAGGCUCGGCUGUGUCCCAAAUCCGAAGACGGACUCCCUAGGAUGGCGGUGCUUCACUUUCUCGCUCGCACACUGGAACUUUUCAAGUGAGAUCCUCUGGACUGUAGUUAUGGAUCCCGAGGACACGUUCCGAAUCGAUCUUCCGUCCGCGGUGACGAACCGAGACCUGCUGUGAGAAUCCGCUUCUUUUUCUUCCUCGCUCUACUUAGUGUUUUACUUUUAUUUUGCUCUGAUGCAGGAACAAUGGAAGAACAUCGGCGUGUGCCGCUAACGUUUAUUAAUCAGCCGUGAAGAUCGCCCGAUCUGCUCCGAUUCCCUCCGAAAGCGGUAUCUAAUCCAAGCCUUAACCUCGUCGUUCGGCUGAGAUCCUGAGCGAUCUCAACGAAGAGCAUCAGGAGAACCGACCAGACCAUGACUUUCACUUCCACGCCAGCGUCCGUCCUGCUGUAUUUCCGACCGUUCUCGCCGUUAAACCCAGAAAAUAAGCGCAGAGGAGCACGACCCUUCGGAUUUGUUUUGCUCUCGCUCCACCAGACGGAGGAGGAGAUCGGAUCUUCGCUUUAGCGCUCUCGUCUUCCCUUCACCGUUCUUCUCUUCCCUCCUUCUGAAGCGGCCCACGAGCCGCAUGUCGUUUCCGAUGAACGUCAGCGUUUGGCUUCACGCCGUCCACGCGCUUUCACUUCACGGUGGUUUGAGUCAUUUCAUCGUGAACUUGCACUACCCUGGGUGACUUGGAGGCCUCGUCCUAAAUCGCCAAAACAAACGAGAACUAAAGGAUAUCUUCGCUUUGAGAUAUCGACACAAUCAGGAAACAUCGUGUGUGUGUGUGUGUGCUCACUACGUAGGGACUUAAUACACCCUACAUAGUGCACUCCAUGCCUGAUGAUAAGACAAUGUAUUGGCACCCCGGAUUUAAAAGCGUUUCAGAGGACGUCUUGACUUGACGAUCAGGAUCUUUCUCCACGUUGCUUCCGUACUUCAAGACAUCUCCUCCGUUAUUUCAGGGUUUUUCUUUUUUUUUGGACCCUCCAGAGUCUGACCUACUCUAAACCCUCAAGACCUACCCUAGUUCACUUCUUUGUGAUUUUUUUUUUUAUUAUUAUUCGUGUGGAAGGGAGACGCGAGAAGCGCCGAAGAUUUCGAGAAACGUCUCCGCAAUCACCGUACCGGAACCACACUGUGAACCGGCGCUGAGAAGGUCGCGCCGACUUCAGGCCUGGACACCGAAUCGACACGGAAAAUACGACGCCAGGUAUGAUUACUACUUCAGAAAUCUCGUGAUCCGGGAGCGAGCGUAAACGAGACCCUUUGUUUUUUUUUUUGCGGCCGGACAUGGCAGAGCACGACGAGCUGCUGGCCGAGAUGACGAGCGUGAGCCGACUCUCCACGACGGACCGACUGAAGCACGCGCAGAAGAGACGGGCGCAGCAGCUGAAGGGCUGGGCGCAGAUGGAGAAGGAGAGCGCACGCAUGGGGAAGAACAGCGUCGCGCAGAGGAAGAGUGACGACAAGAAGGGCAAGAACCACGGUGGGAGGAAGGUGAGGUUCCCGAGCAACAUCACGCUGCUGGAGGCCGCCGCCAGGAACGACCUCGACGAAGUGAGGGAGCUGCUGAAGAGUGGUGUUAGCCCUGACCUGUUUAACGAAGACGGUCUCACAGCCUUACACCAGUGCUGCAUCGAUGACUUUGUGGAUGUGGUGCGCUGUCUGCUGGAGUCCGGUGCGAAUGUAAAUGCGUGUGACAGUGAGCUCUGGACUCCGCUACACGCUGCUGCCACCUGUGGACACACUGGCCUCGUACAGAUCCUCGUCCAGGCCGGAGCGGAUCUGCUGGCAGUAAAUGCAGACGGGAACAUGCCGUAUGACCUGUGCGAGGACGAAGCCACGCUCGAACUCAUCGAGGUAGUGAUGGCCGAGCAGGGCAUCACACAGGAGCAGAUAGACCAGUGCCGUGCUGCCAAGGAGAGAGUCAUGCUGGCCGACGUCCAAGCACUGAUAGACCGAGGAGACAACCUGAACGCCAAGGACCAACACGGGGCCACUCUGCUGCACGUAGCGGCAGCUAACGGCUACUUGUCAGUGGGAGAGGUGCUGCUGGAGCACAGAGCGAGCGUGGACGAGACAGACGCAGACGGAUGGACACCGCUGCACGCUGCCUCCUGCUGGGGACAGCUACAAAUGGUGGAGCUCUUGGUGGCUCACGGCGCAGAUCUAAACGCCAAGUCUCUCCUGGAAGAAACCCCUCUAGAUGUGUGUGUGGACGAGGAGGUCAGGGCAAAGCUAUUAGAGCUGAAACACAAACAUGAGGCCAUCAUGAAGAACCAGGACAAACACAAAGGCUCACUGCAGAGACGAGCGUCCAGCGCCAGCAGCCGGGGUAAGGUGGUGAGGAGGACGAGCGUGAACGAGCGCAGUAGUUUGUACAGGAGAGAGCACCAUAAGGAGGCCAUGGUGUGGCAGGACAGAGGGAGACAGGACAGACAGACGGAGGACGAGGAUGAAGACAAACAGACGGACGCCGAACUCAAGCACAUGACGGCGGCGUCUAGCCAGGCGCAGGAUUUGCGUUAUCCGGAUAACGACAGAGGCUUGGAAAACGGAGACCGCGACUCUGUCGUAGGAAAUGGCGGCACCUUCGUGGCGUCUACGUCCUUGGUUCCCGGAGAGCUGCGCAGCAGUGGACGCAGGGAGCGCAGCGCCUCCUAUCAGCUGACUCCAGCGCUGCCGAGCGGCGACGCCGGGGACACGGAUAGCAUGACGCGGGAGAAAUCGCACCAGACGCUAGCGGAGCUGAAACGGCAGAGAGCCGCCGCAAAGCUUCAGAAACGGCAGGCUCCUGCUCCGCCGCUGCUUCCUCCGACACAGGAAGAGGCGGGGCCUGCUGAACUGGCGGUGCAGCCGGUGUACUUCACACCUGCGAGCGGCGAUCCGCCGCUACUGAAGCUGAAGGCACCAGAGGAAGAGGAGCCGGCCAAUCAAAAAGAGCCGUGCUGCGGACUUAUGUAGGGAAUGCGUGCUCUCUCUCUCACACACACACACACACACACACACACACACACACACACACACACAGCAUAAUUAAGAAGAGACGACCAAUCAGAAUGAACUAAGCUCGUAAUGGACUCAUAAAGGGAGCGCACACACACACACACACACACACACACACACUCCUUCACUGGAAAGCACAGAGAGCAGAACGUUCCAGCAAUAAACCGCACCGUUCUCUCUCUCGAUCACUUUAUUUUUGUCUUCGACGCUCCAGUCAGCAGGACGUCGGUGUAAGAAAACUUCACUUCCUGUCCUCGCCAUCAUGACUUCCUGUUGUAUUUAUGUAAAGCUUCCUGUCAGAGGGGAGAGAAGACUGAGCUCGAGCACUUUAUUACUGACAACUCGACAUUCCAUGAACACCUGCGUUUGAGUCAUUAUUAUUAUUAUUAUUAUUAAUUCUCCGUCUCAAUGGCUCCCUGCUGCACUUCCAUUAUUAUUAUUAUUAUUAUUAUUAUUAUUAUUAUUAUUAUCAUUAUUGUAUAUCUUAUAUAGUGAACUUGUGACAAUGGUUCCCUGAUGUACAUUUAGUGCACUUCUAUAGGUUGAACAAUUCAGCUUAAAAAUACGGAGGUUAAAAGAUGAAAGAAAUGAGAAAAGAUUUAUAUUUAGAGUACUAUAUAUAUACACACACACAUAAAUAUAAAGAACGAAGUAAGCUGAAAUAUAAAAUGUGUGUUUUGAAGACUUUACCAGAACAAAUCUCUCUCUCUCAGGCGUUAUUGCAGCCUCCAGAGCCGCUGCAGAGGUCGAAGGCGAGUUUAGUGGAGAUAUUUUUGUAGCUAUUUCUAGAAGGAGAGGUUCUAGCUGCGUUUUCUCACUUGUGGAAAGACCAGCGGACUUCCUGGAGUCAGGGUAGGGUGUGAGAACUUUCUUUUAAUUUCCUUCCUUCCAGUGUACAAACAUGGCUAAUUAGUUUCUGUAAGCAGGAUGUUUAGCUGUGUGCUGAUGAUCGUGUUCUCCUGUCAUCUUCGUUGCAUUUGGGAAUAAGUGAGCACUCGAUUUGGAGUCCCUUAGCUCCACCCACUCAGCUCUCUGGAGCCAGCCCCUUAACCCUGCCCACUCAGCUCUCUGAACCCAGUUCCUUAGCUCCACACACUCAGCUCUCUGAACCCAGUUCCUUAGCUCCACCCACUCAGCUCUCUGGAGCCAGCCCCUUAGCUCCACACACUCAGCUCUCUGAACCCAGUUCCUUAGCUCCACCCACUGAGCUCUCUGGAGCCAGCCCCUUAGCUCCACACACUCAGCUCUCUGAACCCAGUUCCUUAGCUCCACACACUCAGCUCUCUGAACCCAGUUCCUUAGCUCCACCCACUCAGCUCUCUGGAGCCAGCCCCUUAGCUCCACACACUCAGCGCUUUGGCGCUACAGCUUUAGCCCCACCCCUAAGCUCUCUGAAGCCAGCCGUUAUCGUUUUAGCCACGCCCACUCAGCUCUCUGGCGCUACUCCUUUAGCCCCACCCCCUAAUCUCUUUGUCGUUAUCCCCUUGGCCCUACACGUUAGAAUGGUAAAGUCACUGCAAAACCAGUGAUUUAUAAACGAAGAAGAAAAACCCAGUAGCUGUAAGUAGAUAAAAUGCUGACGUAGCGAAGGUGAAUUCAGAGCUGCAGUACGAGGUUACAUCACGGCUGCAGGUUCACAGAUCUGACGAUGGAUUGAUCCGAUUCACCCGUGCGUCCGUGCAGGCGACUGAUUGACGAGCGAUCGAGGGGACGUGAUGAUCAGCACACGGCUAAAGAAGCUCCACUAAACACAUUCCUCAUGAAGAAUAGACUUCGGUGUGUAGUGCUGACCCGAACUGCGUUUACAGGCUUCAGACUAACGCCGUGCGAAAGCCGUGCGAAAGCAGUGAAACAGUACACUUUCUCACUUGGUGUAAAGAUAUUUAUACAGUAUGUUUGUUUUUUUUUUUGUGUAAAGAUCGAUUCAAGGACUCUUAUCGACACUGACGUAGAUUUUGAUCCGUAGAUGUAUAUGUUUGCGAGAUCUAGUGCACUCGGUGGGGUGUAGAAACCGUUAUUUCCGCCUGCGCAGUGCACUUGAAUAUAUCCGUUCUUAUUUCACCGUUUUCUUUUUCUUUUUUCCUCACAGCAGAAAAGCUUCCCGUCGCAUGAAGAACAUUCCGGAUAACGAAACGGAUUAGUAUCGCCGCAUCAUUUCUCAACGUCAUACGUUAAUAUCGUCCCGCGAUGGCUUUUUCCAUCAUAUUCAUCGUAAGGAAGUGCGUCGAUUGGCCGCGGUCGGAGACCAACGAGUCUAGCUCACGCGCGUCACUAGCUAACGAAAAAAACAAACAACAAAUUGUGUAACGUUUAGCGUUUAUACGUCUGAUUCGGGACAGCAUGUCCACAUCCGAUGGUUUUAGCCAGUUCACAAGCUAGCUACGAAUGCUACCUCGCCAAUUUGAAGCCUGACGCGCGAGAUGAAAUCCGUCAGACCCGAGCGUUAAUAAAAUCUCGUAGUUCGCGAGACGACCUGUUGUUCUUACGUAAUUAAUCCGAAUCAUUUCCACCGCAAGCGACGAAAUAUAUAUAUAAAAAAAAAUUUCUAACCUGGAUGUGGAAGAUUAUUCUAUGAAAAAUUUUGUUUUUGAGAUGUAUUUAUUUAUUUAUUUGAUGAAGCACUGGACCGCUGAGGAUGAAGUGCGAGGAAGAAUUUUUAACGUCCGUUUAAACAUCCGUUUUUGUUUUUGUUUGUUUUCCUGCGUCCUGCUGCCUUUAACUGCUGUCCGUUUUUACUUUUUUUUUUUCUUUUUUUUUCCCGGGGCCGUACGGACGCAAACUCAGCAUAAAAAUAUAUUUUGAUGGGGAGUCGCUAGAUUCUAGAUUUUUAAAACAAACAAUGAAAAAAAAAACGAUUUAUUAUAUAGAAACUAUUUUCAUGGCGUUUUCACGGUUGAGGAUGACGUACUUUCGUAAUCUUAUAAAAAAAAAAAAUGUUUAAAAAAAAGUCUUAACUGGCAGAGUGUCUACUGUCUGAUAUUUACGUUGCACAACAAAAGCUUGAAUCGAAUUUAAAUAAAGGACCUAAAACUGUCUUUUUCUUUUCUUUGAUGCUGUAUUAAAUGCUCACAUUGUGAAAGUUCUCACUUUAAAAGAUACAUUUAAAAAGUUUUCUCUCGAUGGAAAUCGAAAAAAAAUCGAUAAAUAUUUGCGUCACGUUGUAUAACUGACCUACUGGCACGUACCUCUUGCAUUGUGUUUUUUUAAAUGAUUAAAAUGGUCUUUAUUUAAAACGUUUUGUGUACGCGUGCGUGGAAAGUGCUUCACGUGUCCUUAUGAUAAAAGUAUACAAUUUAUUUUUUAAAAAUAUGAUGCCCUUUUUUUGUUUUGCUUGUAUAAAAAAAAUGAUCAAGGCAGAGUCGGGUUCUGCACGCUGAUGAAGAUUUUAAAUAUAUGAAGAAUAAAAAAUUUAAUACAAAAAAAAACCC